AUGCGUCUCGUAAUCGAUACUGAUGCCGGUGUCGACGAUGCAGUAGCCAUCCUUAUGGUCCUUCGUGCCUUUUCUGACGAUCAAGUCGUGGGUAUUACCACUGUCUUUGGGAAUGUCGACUUGCAUCAAGCGAUUCAUAACGUUGAGCACAUUCUCAAGGCCACAGGACGUUCUAAUAUUCCAGUGUUCAGUGGAAGGGCCAUGGCCUGGAUGGCCUUGGUGGUGAAUCUGGUAAUGUCGAGCCUUCGCUGA